AUGAACCAGCCCCCGAAUCAUCCAACUUACGUGGAAAGAACGUAUCAUUUACAUCGAAUCGACUCAAAUCCCGGCGUAGACUACCUCAGACACCCCAGCGGAGUGAUUGUCAUGCAGUUGGCCGCAUCUCAUCCAGCUUUAACAAGUGGAAUUGCAGAAGUCGACUUUGAUUGCUCCAAAAAUAAGAAAGCUCAUGACAAAUCGAAGCAAACUGUGGUGGGAAAAGGAAAGAAGGUGGGUUAAUGUGAAUGGGAAGAUGAAUUAUGAGUUGUGAGACUUGUUGGGAUAGUAAAUUUCGGAAAAAAUAGGAGAUUUGGAUAUUAUCCAUUAUGACUUUGAAAAAAAAGUGCGUAGGCUGAUGGAAAAUGAAUAGAAUUGGAUGAAAUUUGGCAUAGAUGUAGAUUAAAGUAUUCUAAGAGAUAUAUGAAAGUCGUAGCUCCCUAUGGAAUUUAUUUUUUGUCUGGCCGUCUUUUCUUUUUAUGUAGUCUCUCUUAAAAAUUAUUUUGUGAUAUCUCGACUACCGGUAUAUAUGGCGAGCUAAAAUUUUUAGGGCUUGAAAUAUAACCCAUUUAGAGUAUUUGUGUAAAAUUUGAAUGAAAUUGCAGGGUCUCAGGAAUAGUUCUUGUCAUUUAUAUUAUCCAUGAUGACUUUGAUAAAAAAAUUCCUGUAACUUGAUGAAAAAUCCAUGGAUUUUGAUGAAACUUGAAAUUAAUAGAGCUUAGAGCAUUUAUUUUGAAAGUUUGAGUACUAAUUUUUCUUCAAAAAUUUUGAGAUUUUUUACCAUCAAGUUUUAAUUUUUCAGGGAGGUCUCCGCCUUCAACCCGAGACAAAACUCUGCAUUAUCACGGCGAAGGACGGCACUCAACACACAAUUCGCGCCGGAAUUCGCGCACUUUUGAUCGAAGUCAACGCUAAGUUAAUCGACCAGCCGGAUCUGAUCGAAAAGUCUCGGCAAAAACGCGGGUAUUUGGCCAUAAUCAUUCCUCCGGCCAUUAUGCAGAAUGAGAAAAACAAAAUUCCGAAUGAAUUUGGGGUACCCGCGAGAAUGGGAACCGAAUUGCCGGUGAUUCGAUGGACAAAAAAGGAGAAAAAAGAGGAAAUGGAAGUGGAUGUAAAAGAAGUGAAAGUGGAAAUAGAAGUAGAUGAGAAAGUGAAGGAAGAAGAAGAGAAAGAAGUGAAAGAGGAAAUAGAAGUAUAUGAGAAAGUGAAGGAAGAAGAGAAAGAGGUAAAAGUAGAGCAGAUUUAG